AUGAAAAACCGAACUACAUUUACUGAGUUUAUUUUGUUGGGCCUCACAAAUCAACCUGAGGUCCAGGCAGUGAUAUUCAUCUUUCUGUUUCUCACCUACAUGCUAAGUGUCCUAGGAAAUCUGACUAUCAUCAUUCUCACUCUAGUAGAUUCUCACCUACAGACCCCCAUGUAUUUCUUCCUCCGGAAUUUCUCCUUCUUAGAAGUUUCCUUCACAUCCAUUUUUAUUCCCAGAUUUCUGACCAGCAUGACAACAGGAAAUAAAGCCAUCAGCUUUGCUGGAUGCUUAAUUCAAUAUUUUUUUGCUAUAUUUCUUGGGGCAACAGAGUUUUACCUCCUGGCUUCCAUGUCCUAUGACCGCUAUGUGGCCAUCUGCAAGCCGCUGCACUACCUGACCGUCAUGAACAGCAGAGUCUGCAUACUACUAGUGUUCUGCUCCUGGCUAGGGGGAUUCCUGGCUAUCUUUCCCCCAGUCAUUUUAAUGGGCCAGGUGGAUUUCUGUGCCUCCAAUGUUCUGAAUCACUAUUACUGUGACUAUGGACCCCUCCUGGAGCUUGCCUGCUCAGACACAAGCCUCUUAGAACUGACGGUCAUCUCCUUGGCAGUUGUGACUUUGAUGGUUACUCUGGUGCUGGUGACACUUUCUUAUACAUAUAUUAUCAGGACCAUUCUCAGGAUUCCUUCAGCUCAGCAAAGGACAAAGGCUUUUUCCACUUGUUCCUCCCACAUGAUUGUCAUCUCGCUCUCUUAUGGCAGCUGCAUGUUUAUGUACAUUAAUCCUUCUGCAAAAGAAGAAGGUGCUUUCAACAAAGGAAUAGCUGUGCUCAUUACUUCAAUUACUCCCUUGUUAAAUCCCUUCAUUUACACUCUAAGAAAUCAGCAAGUGAAACAAGCCUUCAAGGACACCAUCUCAAAGAUUGUAAGGCUUUAA